GUUUGCUGUUCAAAUAAAAGUAGUUACGAAAACAAUGAAGUGACAAGAAAUAGCUACUCAGUUUCGUUUAUGUUUGAUUAAGGUGAAACUAAGUUAAAGCAUCAAAAAGUGUUGCUGAAUUAUUCUUAUUAAUAUUGCUGAAAUGGUGAAGUUUUUAGUUUUCAUCGUUUUCUAUGUUUCCUUUGCCCAUGAAUCUUAUGGGUUAACCGAUGAUGAAGACUUUGGAUCAAUGGCAGAAAAUAAUCCUACCAUUGACGAAGAAAAAAUAUUUCUUCAGUUGGCUGGUAAGACCGACCCAGAUGAAGUGAAAACUUGUGGACAACUGAUUGAGUCUCGAGGGUUUGAAUACGAGGUUCAUUAUGUGACAACAAAAGAUGGUUAUAUCCUCCAAAAUUUUCGUAUCAUCAAUCGUUAUGCCAGAGAAUCUGGAAAAAAACUCAAACCAAUCUUGUUAUUACAUCCACUAUUCGGAUCGUGUUCAGUAUGGAUGUUCAAUUCACCUGGUGGACAUAUAAAGCCGUGGAUUAAUGGUCAUCCACCAAAAGAUAAUUCCGCUGAACUUGCUUUCUUGUUGGCUAACUUGGGUUAUGAUGUUUGGAUUAUUAAUGUUCGAGGAACAUCUUAUUCAACUAAUCACACACAUCUUGAUCCUGAAGAUCCUGAGUUUUGGGAUUACAGUUUCUACGAAAUCGGAAUUUACGAUGUUACAGCAACAGUUGAACACAUCAAAAAGGAAACUGGAUUCGAGACAAUUAUCGUUAUUGGAUAUUCUCAAGGAACCAUCCAGUUGCUCAUUCAAAUGUCAGCAAUACCAGGAUAUGACAAGAACUACGAUCUUGUUAUAUUAAUUACACCCAUUGGAUUCCUUGGUGAUAAAAGUGGAACGGUCGGUGCAAUACCGAUACCUUUGUUUAAACUAUUAUUUGGUUCGCGCAAUGGCCCUUUUCCGCCUGUGUCAGGUUCAGUUUUUGCUGCACUCGAUGUGCUUUGUAGGCAGCCGAUUGUGUCUCCUGCUUGUGUCGCAAUCCUCGGAGGAUUACUUGGUCUCAAUCCACAGCAACAAAAUGCAUCAAGAUAUGGUGUUUAUACAGGCUUACUCGAUCGAACCUCAAACAAGAAUUUGCUCCAUUAUCUUCAAUUUAUUGAAACCGAUCACCUCUGUUACUUUGACCAUGGCGAGGAAAAGAAUUACGAACUUUAUGGAUCUGCUGAACCUCCUGAGUUUCCGUUUUACAAGAUAAAUCCAAAGAAAUUGGUAUUCGUAAGUGGAUUGAAUGAUCAAUUGGCAACUCCAAUAAAUGUACAAAAUCUAAGGAAUCAUCUUUGUGACAGGGUCGAUACUGAUCAUGUAAUCACAGAUCCGUACUUCAAUCAUGCUGACAUUGUCCUUGCAAAAGAAGCCUUUCCAUAUUUAAAUGAUGUUGUCAGUCAAUUGAUCGACGAGAAAAUGCUCCAUGAUGAACUGUGAAACAUCGAAUCUGGAAACUAAUUUUCACGCAAGUUUACUCUUAGGUUGCUAAUUCCAAGUUAGAUAGAAAAAUCUGCUUCUAUCAAAGUUUCAAUCUUUACAUUAUUGAAUAAACUACUAAAUAAAUGGCUAUAUUUUUCUUCAUUAA